GAGCAACCCCUAGCCCCUCCCCGCUCCUGCCCCCGGUUGCGGCUCCCGGAGCUCCGGCGGCAGGGCGGGGGAUGGAAACACACGGCGUGGGAAAGCUCUGCGGGGAGCGGGGAUGGAGCCGAGCGGGCGCCCAAACUUUGAGGAAAAUUGCUGUCUGGGGGCCCCUGAGGCAGCUCCCCGCUUGGGGGGACCGGGACGCGUGUGAAAAAUGCCGAGUUUGCCGCAGUGCCCCAUUUCGGAAGGUUUUUAGAUGCAAAACCUGCUUCUGUGUCUAGAGCUGCUUUGUGUUGAAACUGUGAACGGCUCAACGCACCCCAUCCCGACGGGAUGCAGAUGGUGUGGGGCGGAGCGGGCGAGACGGCUGCCCUCGGGAUCACCCCAGGCAACCCAGCUCCUGGGUCGGGACAAGAGGAAACCAGCAUGGGCACGGGAGCUUAGCGGAGGGCGAGGAGAGGAGCUCUUCCCGGUGCCUGGGUCGGGACAGACCUGGGCGCUGGCGCGGUGCGGCCGGACCCUGCGGCAGCUGUGGGUGCAGAAAGGUGUCAGAGGACAGGGGCAGUCUGGGUGUUCCCGUGCCCCGACGACACCGGCAGCUCCUCUCUGUGCCCAGGAGUCCUCUGGAGCUGCUGCGAUGGAGCUGGGGAACAUCUCGAAGCCCACGUACGGCCCUGGCCCCGAGGCGCCGGGGAGCAGCACGCCGGGGCUGGUGACAAUGGCACACAGCUUCCUGCGGCUGGUGCAGCCCAACCCCCUGCCCGUAGGGCUGUUUAAUUUUGGGCAGUCCCAGACCAAGUUCAACCAGGAGGAAAUCCACGAGCUGCUGCUCUACGAACUGGGUUUCCUGGUCUGCGCGGCCAUUGGAGUCCUCUUCAUCAUCCUCGUGCCGCUGGUGGGAUGCUGCUUCUGCUGCUGCCGCUGCUGCGGGAACUGCGGCGGCCGCAUGUACCAGAAGCAGGGCCGGCGGAUGGGCUGCCGGCGCCGGGCGCUCUGGGCUUCUGUCCUGCUGGUCUCCGCUUUCCUCCUGGCUGGUGGUGUCUGUGCCUUCAUCAGCAACGCCCGCCUCUCCCAAGCUGUGAAGAGCACCUUCCCCAAUGUGAACAACACUCUGGACAAUGUCCACAUCUACCUGGCCUCCAUCCCCCAGCAAGUCAAUUUUAUCAUCAAUAGGAGCGACAUCCCGCUGGACUAUGCCAACCGCAGCCUCCAUGACAUUGGGCCCAACCUGGGCAGCAUGAUCACCUCGCGCAUCAGGAGCAGCACAGACGGGGCUCUGGGAUCCCUCCAGAGCCUCUUGCAAGGGAUGAAGACGCUGAAGGACACCUUUGGCAGCAUUGCCAUCAGUCGCUCAGACCUCGAGAAGCUGCAGAGCAACUACAGCCAGCAGCUGGCCAACCUGCGGGACAGGCUCAACCAGACCCUGCAGCGCUGUGGCCAGCCCUGCAGCCAAGUGUCCCUGGACGGGCUCGCCUUCACUGCCAACUUCAGCACAAUCCCUGGUGUGGAGCAGCAGCUGGAGGCACUGCGUGAGGUCUCUAACUCCAGCAUAGAGACUGAUUUAGAGGAGGUUAAUGGAACGCUGAACACCAUCUCUGACAAGGUGCAAGAGCAGUCCCAGGAAGUGGUGGCAAAGAGCCAGGACCAGCUGGGCCUCAUCAGGCAGGAGAUCAGAAGAUUGCAGGAAGAGCUGCCACUCCUGGAUGUGGAGGAGAAAGUUGGGGCCUUUCUGAACAAUGCCACAUCGGUGCUGGAGGAGUACAGGGAGCCAAUCAUCGCUUGGGAUGGGCUCAGGCUGAUCGUGUGUGCCCUCCUGUGCUGCACGGUGCUGCUGGUGGUCCUCUGCAACGUUUUUGGGCUGCUGCUGGGGCCCCUGGGGCUGAAGGAAGGUGUGCUGCCCACACAGCGCAGCAGCCUCUCCAAUGCUGGCGGGAACUUCUUCAUGGCAGGGGUUGGCUUCAGUUUCAUCUUCUCCUGGCUGCUCAUGCUGCUGGUGACGAUCAUCUUUGUGCUGGGGGGGAACAUUUACAUGUUCUUUUGUGAGUCCUGGCGCAACCAGCAGUUCUUCCAGCUCCUGGACACCCCUGGCCUGAUCCCUGGCUUCAGUCUCUCAGAGCUGCUGGGCCUGGAGGGUAACACAGCAAACUUCUCAGAGAUAUACAGGCAGUGCCAGCAAGAUGCUUCCCUGUGGCAAACUCUGCACUUGGACCAGAGUGUGCCCCUGGAUGAGCUCUUGAAUAUCAGCCAGUACACAGGAAACAUCUCCACAGCUUUUGAGAAGAUGAACAUCACCCUCAGCCCCAUCUCCCUGCUCAGCCAGAGCCAGAAAGACCUGCUGCUGAAUGCCAGUCGGGCAGCACAGCCCCCCAACUUCACCCUCACCCUGGAGCAGCUGGAUCGGAAUAUGACACAGGGAAGCCUCCUGGAUCUGGCUGCAGAGUUGGAGCAGCUGGCAGAAAAAGUGGGCACAGAUGUGAAGAAGGACCUGGAAGAUGAAGCUAGCAAACUGAGGGAGCUGGACAAGGACAUGCAGGCCAGCUUCUCUGGACCACUGCAAAGUCUGAAGGAGAACAUCCACUUAGUGCAGACUGGGGCUGCCCAGCUAGAGGGACAGACAACAGCUGCACUAGACAAAGCCAGCAAAACUCAGGAGUUCCUGGAGAGGGAGACACCAAACAUCAUCAAGAACGAGACGCGGGCCUUCCUGGAGCAGCUGUUGGAUUUCUUUGAGACCUAUAUUUCAUGGGCUAAGAGCAGGCUGACAGAAGAUGUGGCACGUUGCAAGCCCAUAGCUCAGUCCUUGGAUAAUGUGGAGGUCAUUGGCUGUGACUACAUCAUGGACUCUGUGAAUGCUUUCUGGUUCAGCCUGGGCUGGUGCACCUUGUUCCUGCUGCCCAGCAUCAUCCUGGCUGUCAGACUUGCCAAGUUCUACCGCCGCAUGGAUAUUGCUGAUGUGUACAGGAAUGAAGACUUUGAGAUGCCACCCGCAUUCAACUCCUACAAAAUCCCCAGACCUUCCACAAGGCAUUAGCCCCCAUCACGUGCAGAUGGAGGAGGAAAUGGACAGACCCCCCUCACUUGAAAAAUGUGAUUAUUUAUUUUUGCAGGGAGCCUGCCUCUUUCCAAGGCUGUAAUUUUUGGUAUCAAACAAUAAAUGGUGUGUUUGUGUGCA